UUAAGUCUUGUUAAAAUACAGCUUUUUUUCCGGACUUUUUUUUGACGAAAAAUAGGGCAUUUUAUAGGAAUAAUAUUAUACACUUGAAAGACUUUAAAUAUGAGUUCUGAGGCUAAAAACGUAGACGUUGAUGAUACGUGGGAGGAGAGGAUAGAUCAGGAAGAAAUUUUGGAGAAAAUUGGGAAAUUACGGAUGUCUGCAGAAGCAGAAGAGUUUCGGCCUAGAAAUUUAUAUUAUGAGCCACAGGAUUUUUCUGCGAAUUAUGAUAUUAAUAAUGUUCCAUAUGGUUAUUUUAAUAUGAGUUAUGACCAAAAUUAUGAUAGGCGAAAAUAUCAUCCAUAUAACAAUGAUUAUUCGGCAAGGGAUAGGGAUAUUCGUCUAUGUGAGAAAGUAUUAGCUCCGCCAGAAGUCAAAGUUUCGACAUUAGGUGGACAACGUACUACUUCAAAGGUAAUAAAGAUUGGUGAAUGUUCUAAAACACCUUUUUCGGAGGAAUCAGUUGUUGGGAGAAAUGGUAAUAAGAUAAAUAAAGUGGAUAAAGGGUUUUGUUCAGUGGAUAUGGAAAAUUUAUCAUUAGGAGCUUCAAAACAAGAAAAAAAUCAUGUUUCAGUGGGAGGGGAUGAAGAACGUAGAGAUUAUGAUAUUGUCAGUCAAUUUCAGGAGGAGAUAGAUGAGGAGGUUUUGCAAGAUAUGUAUGGAAAAGAACAUCUAAAUGUUGUUUUUAUUGGUCAUGUUGAUGCAGGAAAAUCUACUCUUGGAGGAAAUAUUCUUUAUAUAACAGAAAUGGUAGACAAAAGAACAAUGGAGAAAUAUGAAAAAGAUGCAAAGGAAGCAGGUCGAGAAAGCUGGUAUUUAUCGUGGGCAUUGGAUUCUACAAAAGAAGAACGAUCUAAGGGAAAGACAGUUGAAUUGGGCAGAGCGUAUUUUGAAACAGAAAAACGUCGUUAUACAAUUCUUGAUGCUCCUGGUCAUAAAUCUUAUGUACCAAAUAUGAUAGAAGGUACUGCUCAGGCAGAUGUUGCUGUGCUUGUUAUUUCUGCGCGAAAGGGUGAAUAUGAAACAGGAUUUGAAAAAGGUGGACAAACAAGGGAACAUGCUAUGCUUUCAAAAACACAAGGUGUUUCGAAACUUGUUGUGGUGAUUAAUAAAAUGGAUGACCCUACUGUAGAAUGGUCAAAAGAAAGAUAUGAUGAAUGUACAAAUGGGAUUUCAAUGUUUUUGAGAAAGGAAGUGGGAUAUAAUCCUAAGACAGAUUUUGUAUUUAUGCCAAUAUCUGCAUUUACGGGUGUAAAUAUUAAAGAGCGUAUUGAUAAAAAAAUAUGUCCGUGGUAUAAUGGGCCAUCUCUUCUUGAAUAUUUAGAUGAAAUGGAUACAUUUGAACGGAAAGUGAACGCUCCAUUAAUAAUUCCUAUUCAUGCGAAAUAUAAGGAUAUGGGUUUGGUUAUUGAAGGAAAAGUUGAAAGCGGUUAUGUUAAAAAAGGAUCUAAUGUUAUUCUUAUGCCAAACAAGACUGUGGUUGAAGUUAUAGCGUUAUAUGAUGAAUUAGAAGAAAUACGAAUAGGUCGAUGUGGUGAACAAGUGAAACUUCGAAUUAGAGGAGUAGAAGAAGAAGAUGUUAUGACAGGCCAUAUUUUAUCGUCGUUAAACAGCCCUGUGAGUACGGCUAAAAUAUUUGAGGCUCAGAUAGCUAUUUUGGAAGUGAAAAAUUUACUUACUGCUGGUUAUUCUUGUAUUAUCCAUAUUCAUUCAGCAGUUCAAGAAGUAACUUUUUUGAAAUUGCUUUAUAAGCUUGAUAAGCUUACCAAUCGGCGAAGUAAAAAGCCUCCUGCAUUUGCAAUAAAAGGCAUGAAAAUCGUGGCUUUGUUGGAAGCGGCUUCUCCUCUAUGUCUUGAAACAUUUGAUAAAUAUAGACAACUUGGUCGAUUUAUUCUUCGUAAUGAGGGUCUUACUGUGGCAAUUGGAAAAGUAACAAAACUUAUCUCCGAAGAGUAA